UGGGUGCAUAGUUGAUAGAAAAAGCACCACUGGAACAUGUCAGUUCCUCGGAAAUUCACUUGUUUCGUGGUUUAGUAAGAAACAAGCUUCCGUAGCCUUGUCCACAGCAGAGGCUGAAUAUGUGGCAGCCGGCCUUUGCUGUACACAGCUACUUUGGUUAAAACAUCAGCUUCUCGAUUAUGGUGUUCAUCAAAAGACUCUUGUAGUCCUAUGUGACAACACUAGUGCCAUAAACAUGGCCAAAAAUCCUGUCCAGCAUUCCAGAACUAAACACAUAGACAUCCGCUAUCAUUUCAUUAGGGAGCUAGUUGAGGAGGGUCAAAUUAGUCUCGAGUUUGUUCCUUCUACAAGUCAAUGGGCUGACAUUUUCACCAAGCCCUUAGGUUCUGAACCGUUUCUGCAUAUCCGCCGUGAACUAGGAAUGUUCUCCAGGAUCGAGAUUGAAAAUCUGCAUUGAAUGCUCCAGAUCUUUCCUUGCUGAAUUUACUACUCCUUCUCCUCUAUGUCUUUUCCUCUACUCUUUCGCUCCAAGGCUACUCUUCUUACCUUUUAUCUCAACCUCCAGAUCUAUUCUUGCCUUCCUUGAGCCUUUCCAUAUUUCCCUCCUGUAGUAACCUUCACGGUUCCCUCUCCUAUAUAAAGAAGCUCUCUCACCCUUCUCUGCUCAUAUCCACUCUUAUCAAACUCUAGCUUAGCUCAUUAAAAAAAAAACAUGGAUCACCCAAAUCCUCAUGUCAACCUUGCCUUGGUUCAUGCUGCAAUUUUCAAUGGGAAGUGCUUCGCUAAUGCUGAGGACUACUCUCGCUAUCUGCUCAAGUUUCAAGAUCGUCCUCUCUGUCCUUCGGUGUCUCUUGCACCCUCUGCGUUCAAUAGGUAUGACAUGAACAUUCCAUCCUUGAUCAAUGCAAUCGGCUGGACAGAUGUGCUUAUGGAUCAGCACUUUGGGUUCUGUCCGGAAGCGGUGCGUAUGUUCUACUCAAACAUGAGGCCAUGCUAUAACACUCAUCCUCCAUCCUUUACCACGAUCGUUUUCAAUUUUCUGAUCACUAUCAAUGUGAAUCUGCUGUCUCAACUUCUCGGCAUUCCUAUCAAUGGUGCUGAAGUCAUGGAUGAAACUGAUUUCCAAGAUGUUGGUUUUAACGAAGUGGCUGCCAUCAGGACAUAUAUGCAUGACACGGGGCGAUACUACCCGUCCGCUCUCUCCUCAGGAAGAUUACCAGAUGACCUCAAAGUUCUUCACUUCUACAUCACUAGAGUUUUUCUGCCACGCUCUCAUGGCCUGACUACUGUGUCUCCUUCUGAUUUAUGGAUUAUGGCCAGUGCUAAGGAGAACCGUGCCAUUAGCUACCCCCAUCUCAUGUUCGAUCAUAUGAUGCGCUACCAUGAUGAUAAUUAUGCUGAGGAACUUCCCUUUGCCCCCCAAAUUACCUUGAUGUUGCGCAGUCUUGGCAUUGACCUUCGCUACAAGGUUUCCCGUGUGAAUCUCAUCGAUCAGCUUCAUGCUCAGUUCGUCCUUCGCAGGGUAGAUGCAUCUGUCGGUCGUCGUGGCCCCAGGGUCAAUGUCCCAGGGGGAGACAGUGUUGCUGCUGAUGAAGUUGUUCCUGCGCUAGAAGAUGGUCUUAGCCUUGCGGAUCUUGUUGAGGAUAAUUCUGAUAAAGGGAAGCAGAAAGUAGUUCUCCAUCACCUAGAGUUUAUUCGUCAAUCCUUCAAUCGUGAAAAUGAGGCUAGCACUAGUGGGCAGAUUCCUGAGGAACCAGAAGGAAGCGAAGGGGACAUUUCUGACUACAUACCAUCACCACCUUAUCCCUUCUAAGUCAGCCCUAGGUUCAGGGGGAGUUAAUAGAUGAGUCAAGUUCAGGAAGAAAGCGUCAUAGAGUCAGUUGGUUGGAUGAGGUCCAGUGUCUUUACUUUCAAUAAAGCUUAGCUUCUGCUGAGCAUGAGUCAGUUUGAUGUAGUUUGGCUUCAAUAUGUCUUUAAUUAUGGAAUAAAUAAAACUCCCUCUUCGGUUCACUCGUGGUACUUUCUGAUAUAAUAAGAGUUGGAACAGUCUGCACGUAAUCUGUGUGUUCAAGUGUGUGUAGGAACAACAGGUACAUCAGAUAAGGGCCAUUGACCGGCUUAGGGGGAGAUUGUUGUGCUCAAGCCAGUCAAUAGGGAACGUGUAGUGCAAGAAAGGAAAGGAACGAGUAAGAUGGAAAUUCAAAUCAAGGAGUUACCAAGUCUGAAGAUCUCACAGCAAGGCGGAAACUUGAUUGCAGCAACGGCUAGCUCUGAAAUCAGUAUAAAGCAGGGAAGGAUUAGAUUAGAGAAAUACUUUUUGGGAAAAUCAAUCGAUUGAAAAACUAGCAAGAGUAUUGCAGUAAUCAGAUUGAUAGAGAAGUGGUAGAGUGAUCGGGGAGAUUGCUUGAGUAGAUCGACGGGGAGUUGAUCUGGGUAAACGGGUUCAUCAACGGGGAGUUGACUGCUGUUAGAAUCUGAUCAGUCUGUGAAGAGUGAUCAGGGAGGCUCUGUAUUUUGUCACUGCUCAUCAAGAACAUAUCCUUAGUGCAACGUCAGUGAUCACGGAUAAGUGAAUCACUGACCGUGGAUUAGUCAGUGUUGAGAUCCUCUUUCUCUCAACACUGGAUACCACGUAAAAAUUGGCUGUGUCAUUGUUUACUCUGUUUUGUGGUGUCUGCAUAUUUUGAUUCUGUUCGUGUUUUGCUCCUCACCAAAACUAGUCUAUUGAGUUGGUUUGAUCGAAGAAAUCCCAAAGAAAGCUCCUGGUAGGUGUUUAAAUAAACGACAACGUUUGGUUUAGUGGCUAGGUUUAAACAGACGGUUUCAGGAGGGGUUUUAGGAGGGCUGGCAAGGAAAACGAGUUUAUUAAAAUUGUGGGCCUUUACCCUUAAACCAAAGCCCAUUAGUCUAUAUCAAUUAUACACGUGAGAAGUAACAAGAAGUUGAGUGAAAGUCCAGGUUAUCAGAUCAACUAUUGUUUUCCUUUUUCUUCUAACCAUCUUCGGAAGAAACCUAGAAACUUGCAGAUAUCCGAAUUCACCAAAUUGCAGGUGAAGAACUCCAAUUCGGAAGAAGAAGAAGGCGCGCGCCACAGGACCUACAGGGCUUAGGGCGCGAACUUCGUGAGAAAGAAGCCGAGGAGAAACAGAGAGUUUCCCAAGGUAGAACACAACCGAAGUACAAAAUGACCGCGAGGAAGUUCGUGACCGUGACUUGUGGAUCGAGACCUCUAAGUCAACCCGCGAACUCCUCUUCUCCGAAUGCAAAAACGGCAACGUCUCGAGAUCGCGACCUCCUGAAGAAGAUCGCGGCUGCGAUCUCCACCCUUCAUGCCUGCGAUCUUCUCCGUCCUCUUAUGCCUAUAAAUAGAAGACCCCUUUUCCGCAUUCAAGAGAGCUUAUUUUGAGAUAGAAUUUCAGGUUUUAGAGAGACAAGAGAGAGAAGUUAAAAGAAAGAGAAAAUGAGAAGAAGAGGAGCCAUCUUCGCCAACAUCAAGUCAUCUUCCACCUCUUCUAUGUAUCUUCUUCCCUCCUUUAUGGAGUAGUCCUCUAAUGUACUAGGGGUUCUAAACCUCAAACCCUAGUUUUAGGGUUAUUAUGUACAUAUGGAUAUUUUAGGGUUUUAAUGAAUGAAUGUGUUUAUCUAGUUGAUUUGCAUGCUAUUCUAUCUUGAUUGUGUUUGGGUAAGUCGCCUUAAUCUUCUCUACUAGCCUACUGGAGCUUCUACAUUGGGUAUGGAUUUUUAGGGUUAGACGGGUAUGCGCCAUCAAGUAAAUUGAGGUUAGAUGU